AAAAAUUGAGAAAAAAUAUUGGUAUUCAAUUUGCUUUGCAUGUUUUGAGGGAUGGGCAUGUAGCUUGAUAUUAAGGCAAUAGAGUCCUGCAGCCCCACAUCCCCUUAGAGCUUUAGAACCCUGCGAAAAAUUUCAGAAAAUGUUCUUUGUUUUAUAUUCCAUCAGCUCCUGUCGCUGCCUAUUUCACAUCCAAGUUCGGAACACGCCCAAUUUUGAUGGCAUCCGGGGCUUUUGCUGCUUCCGGUGUUCUGCUUCUCUCCCAGGCAAACCACAUGUCACUGGUGGGGAUUGGAAUUGGAGCAGUAACAUCUACUAUGCAAGCAACUGUCUAUGCAUCAACUGUGCUGCUAAUACGUCGGAACUUUCACCGUCACUACGCACUGGCCCACGGCAUGGUCAUUUCCGGUUACAGCUGCGGACUCUUCGUCUUUCCACCUAUCCUGGAGGCUCUAAGCAUCACCUACAGCUGGCGUGGUACGUGCUUUAUUGCAUCAGGGAUCAUGUUUCAUACGGUCCUCAUGGGUGCACUGACGAAGUCACCUAGGACUCGAGAGGGCGAUGUGGAAACAGAGGUUGACGACAAAGCAAGUAACCGACCGGUUAUAGAUAGCCAGCAGGAUAUCAGAACGAGGAAUGGAAUGUCAUUGGAUUGUAACGAUCCGUCGGGCAGUGCUGACACUGGGUGUAAUGGCGAUGCACAGCGCAACGUUGAGGUAGAGGAAGGUAAUGUCGAUAGAAUCGAUUCUGAUUUGCAAGCUUCAACAGAAAAUAAUUCUGAAGAGCAUAUGAUCAGUAGGUCCGAUCUUGUAAAGAAUAAUGCACUCUCUACCCCGGAAACACGACAUGUUGAAAUGCCUGAAGGGGGAUAUAAGAACAAUGCAUUCACCGCUGCCGAAGAUCCACUUGAUGGUAAUCCGCAAAACAACCUCAACCUCGACCGACCAUCAGCAAUGCACAUAUGUAACACGGAAAGAAUAAUGGUGUCAGGAGUGGGAUCAAAUCAAAACUCUAGAUGCUUACAGAGUGCGAUUGCUCGGAACUACCACACCUUUGUCAUCUACACACUUUCAAUGUUCUCUACAACGGUAGGUUACAGUAUAUUCUUGGUCCAUGUCUCCACUUCGUUCAAGGAAUUCGGAGUAGAUUUGAAGAAUAUUGCAGCAGCUCUCUCUGUCUUCGCUGCGUUCAAUCUCAUAGGCCGGGUGUCUAAUGGCUUGUUUGUCUCAAGAGGCAUCUCUCCUGCACACCUAAUCAUUCUGGCUGAGAUCCUGGCGUUCGUGUCCAUCAUGGGGAUGUAUCUAUUGCAACUGUUUCCUCUACGAGCUACUGCCACCGCGCUCUUUGGGAUAGGAACUGGCGUUUCCACCACCUUAUUUUAUGUCUUUCAUCGGGAGAUAGUAGACCCUAAAGUAGACGUCAAGACCCUCUCCAUCUUCAUAUUUGUAGAAGGUUUGGCUGGACCAGCAGGAGGUGCAUUAGGAGGCCUCCUUCGGGAUUUUGCUGGUGGUUAUCGACUCGCAUACUUCACUUCAGCAGGGCUAUCCCUCUUCGCUGCGGUGCUCAUGAUCGUGGCAAUCGUAAUGGAAAGGCGUAGAAAGAAGAGCAGCGAAGUCGUGAUGAACGUUGACGUUUGAUUACCCCAUUCUCUUUAAUCUUGUAAACGAACCUUGUAUUGAGCGAUGAUCGGGGAUCUAUCAUUCGGCCUUCAUUUUCAAGGGGUACCGUUGUCACUGGUGAUUUUUGAAAACAUUUCUGUGCAUAGUUUCCUCAUAGCUAGGAUAACUAAGCAAAUGAUGUGCGACCUGAAAAUUUUAAUACGACCACUGUUAUGCCAAAUACAUGCCAUGCAGGCGUAGGGGACUUAGGGCGUAGUUCCGAUCUAAUUAACCAAUAAACGUGCACUUCGAACCGGACAUUUCUGUCAUCAAGUUUGAUUAUUUGAACUCAAAUAUAUUAGCCUGAAAUGUGGACAACGUCAACACGUUUUUGAUAAUAAAAAAAAAUAUAUAACUGCAAAGUGCGAGAUGAAUUUUUGUUGGCGUUUUAUACCUAAAAACGGGGCUUUCCGCCUUUUCUAAUCAUCAAUACAUUGGUAACGAUAAUCUUUUUAGAUUUUGACCAGAAAAAAUGGAUUGGGAGUGGUAUUCUGAGUUCCAUUCUAUCUCAGAU